AUGUACACUAAAUGCAGGGAACAUGGACUACGCGUGAGGAAAGAGGAUGUGCACUUGGUCUUGAAGGAGCUGGAUCCCCGAGGCGUCGCACUGAGGCAAGCAAGACGUUUCAGGCGAAGGAACUAUUUUUCAAAAGGGCCGAACUUCAUCUGGCACAUGGACUCAUACGACAAACUGAAGCCAUAUGGCAUCUGUAUCAAUGGUAGUAUUGACGGUUUCUCGAGAAAAAUAAUCUGGCUUAAUGCGUACACAACAAAUAGUAAUCCGAAAGUGAUCGGGGGGUAUUACAUAGAAGCGGUGCAGCGUUUAAAGGGCUGCCCUAGAGUUGUGAGGGGCGAUCUUGGAACUGAAAAUGGCCAUGUUAGAGGCUUUCAGCGUUUCCUUGUGCCCGUGGCUCCUAACGACACCCUUGAGAGUUACUUGGAGGGAGCAAGUACCGCCAAUCAAAGGAUUGAAUACUGGUGGCGUUUUCUUCGCAGCCAGUGUCUGGAGUUCUGGUUAUCCUUAUUUGCAGACAUCAGAGACAACGGGUACUUUGAUGGUGGGUUUCUGGACAAAAACCUCCUUCAGUUUUGUUGCAUGGGACUCAUCCAGGAUGAGCUGGAUGACACUGCACAGGUUUGGAAUGCACACUCCAUCAGGCCAUCAACAAACAUCAAUAUCCCCAGUGGUCGACCUAAUGUAAUGUAUACAUUACCUGAGCUCUACGGGACAAGAGACUUCCUUUGCCCCACUGAAGAAGAACAUGUUGAAAUGUGUAAAACUGAGUGGCCGUUUCUCAAUUCUCAAGAGGGUCAGUGA